AUGAAGUGGUUUAUUGCUUGCUUGUGUUUGAGUGUGCUGGCUGGCAACAUUGUCAGAGCUUCGUAUCCAGCUCUGCACGCAUUGCAUUUUGCCCAACAGAAAGCGGCAUUGGGUCAACAAGACCAGCAGCAUUCCUCGUCGUUGGAACAACAAAACUCUGACUCAUCGGAAUUGGGAAAUGAAUUGGGCUCCACUGUUACCUCAUCGGAAGAUUAUGAUGCUCAUCCUCAGUAUAGUUUUGCUUAUGAUGUCAGAGAUUCGUUGACCGGUGAUGAUAAGCAACAGGAAGAGAAGCGUGAUGGUGAUGUGGUACAAGGACAGUAUUCCCUAAUUGAACCCGAUGGCACUCGCAGAGUGGUUGAAUACACAGCCGAUGAUAUCAAUGGUUUCAAUGCUGUCGUUUCCAAACAAAUGUUAGAUGAACAACAACGUCUACGUGCCUCCGCUGCUGCUGGUACCUCCUCUUCUUCACGUUACAACAGCAUUGAAGUCUUACAAUCUCAACUGCAAGCUCAUGCCAUUGCCGAAGCUCAAGCCCAAAGUGCUGCCUACGCUGAAGCUCAAGCCUUAGCCGAAGCUCAAGUUAGAGCUGAAGCCAUGGCUCAAUCGCAACAGAAUUCCCAGGCUGAACAACAGGCUAGAUCUCAAGCUGAAACACAGGCACGCUCUCAGGCUCAACAUUUGAUGGAACAAUUCGAACAGCAGUACAAGCAACAACAGCAGCAACAAUUGCAGCAACAACAAUUGCAACAGCAGCAAUUACAAUUGCAAGCCCAACAGCAAUUACAACGUGCCCAACAGCAGCAACAACAACAAUUAUUGCGCACCCAAUUGCAACAAUCCCAAGAACGUUUGACCAACGAACAAGCCUUACUACUCUCCCAAUCUCUGCCCAGCCAAGCAUUAGGACACAGUGUACACGCCACCGUAGUAUCGCAUCCACCAACUCUAUUGUCACGCACUCCCACUGGCUCCGUAUUUGCUCAGGCCCGCGAUAUUUCAGCUCUAAAGGACAUACGCGACAAUACAGCUCGCCUUACCAUCGAACGUACCGCCCAGCCCCAGAUUGUUAUUACUCAACCUGCCAGUGCCACCGUUCAAGCUUCAGUCAUACACUCUCCCUUGUCAUUGUUGGACACAGCUAGUGCCAGUGCUUUGAAUGGUAAUGGUUUAAGAGGCAGUUCCUUGAUCUCAACCAGAAUUACCAGCAAUGGUCGUACUACCGGCAAUGGAAACUUGCUAUUGAAUGGUAAUGGCAGACGCACCAGCGAACAAUUGUUAGAAGAACUGGAGAGUAAUGAAUUGCAAAAUUCCCUUGGCCGUCAUUCAACUGCCACUAGCUCGGCCAGUAUUAGAAUCUUGAAUGGUAAUGGCAAUGGUGAAGAAAGCACUCUUCGUAAUGGCAAUGGAAACGGUAAUGGUAAUGGACAUGACAAUGGUAACGGUAAUGGUAAUGGCAACGGUAAUGGCAAUGGCAACGGCCUCAGUCAUGGCAGCAAUGGCAACGAUGACAGUUUGGAAUUGCGUUUGAAUGCCCACAAUAGCAACGGCUUAAGAAAUGCCUUGCGUCAGCAACAAACCAGACGUUUGCAAACCAUUUACACCAACGGUAAUGGCAACGGCAAUGGUAAUGGUAACGGUAAAGCUUUAUGGUAAAUCAAAUCCCUCUUUACAAAUGAAAAUUCCGUUUAAAAAAACAAAACAACCAUUUAGGACGAAAACAGCAACAACGAUCACAAUUAGUUUAUAGAAAAUACAAAAAAACAAAAACAAACACUCAAGGCAUUAAUGACUCUACCCUACGCCCGGCUAACUCUAACAGGACUAUGCGUUUAUUGACAUUCGUUUCAUUUUUUUUACAUAUUUCCUUAAUAUUUAGUUUCUUAAGCUUUAGUUUUAAUUGAAAAGCAAAAUGUUUGUG